AUGAUCGUGUACGAGGUGGCCGUGCCGUGUGAGCCGCGGGCAGUCUAAGCGGGUCUAAGCGGGUCUACGCGGGUCUACGCCAGUCUACGCCUCUAUAUAGAUCUGCUGAGCUGUGCCGGUCGUUCACGUGGCUUUCCCCGUUUCGCGCAGGUGGCUCACUUUUGCUUCCUCUCUUUCCACCCCACUCCCCUCCCCUCCAACUCUCCUUACCCCCCCCCCCCCCAAAAAAAUGUAAGUUGCCUCUCUCUUUUUCCCCCUACUCUCCCCUCCACCCUAAUCCCCCCCCCCCCCCCCUGCUCUCUCCCUCUCUCUCCAGGGUCGUCGGCGCGGCAGAGACGAAACCGACCAAGAAAGCGCUCGCCGCUCAAAAGCGGCUCGCCUCCCAACCGGCCCUCUCCGCCGUACCCAAAGGCCAAGAUCCGACCGUGACGACGGUGGACAAGCCUGCGAAUGACAAGGUACGUUCAUGCGCGCGCGACUCCCACAAAGAUAGAUCGGUCGGAACCGAACCGGGAAUCGAGGCUCGACGUGCCCGUGCCCGUGCCCGUGCCCGUGCCCGUGCUGGUGCCCUUUGCUCGUGCUAAGCCCGUUGCCCCGAUUCCUUCCUCCUGAUCGUUAAUCUUAACCCCGCGUGACUGACUCGUCUCUACCUCUCACAGACGGAACACCAUUCCGGUCGACCGGACAAGAGCGCCUACGACAAGGAACAAGAAGCGCUCAGGGCCCAGAUCGAAGCGCUCCAACUCAAGUCCGUGCGUAGUAAACCCUCGUUCCUCCUUUCUACUACCCAACCCAACGCGUGCAAAAAAACCAAAACCAAAAAAAAAAAACUGAACUGACCGUUCCGUAUCCUCCGACCGCUGCCCAGACGGACGUGCGGAAUCGGAUCGCGGCCACGUCGGGUAAAGGACCGCACCAAGAUCGAAAAGUCGCGCUCCGUGCCCAACUCGAUAGCCUGCGCGCCGAAUCGCAAAAACUCAAGGGUGGACGCGGCAAGACGUUCGAGCAACUGAAGGCGAUGCAGGAUGGCCUUUCCAACAAGGUGCGUCCAUGUCGAGGAGCGGCGGGGCGGGGUAAACGGCCUGUCGUCGUUGCCGGCGCGGGGGGUGGGGUUCUCACCUUUUUGACCUUUUCGUUUUGUCCAUCGCAGAUCAAGGAGUUGCAAGCCGCCAAAUCCAAGGCACCUUUCAAGUCCGUCACCGACGUCGAUGCCCAAAUCAAGUGAGCUCUCUAUCCUUUCUUGCCCUCUAUUCUUUCCGCGGCUCUGACCCGCUCUGCCUCCCCUCUUGCAGAUCUCUCGAACGCCAAGUCGAAUCCGGAACGAUGAAACUCGUCGACGAGAAAAAGGCGCUUCAAGAGAUUUCGAAUUUGAGAAAAGCGCGCAAGAACGUCGAAUCGUUCUCUGCGCAACAAGCCGCUAUCGAUGAGGAGAGGAAGAAGAUUGAUGAAAUUCGCGCGACGAUGGACUCGCCCGAGAACAAGGCCAAUCAGGACAAACUCAACGAGGUCCGCGCCGAGUUGGAUGAGAUCAACAAGCAGCACGAUGAAGUGUCCAAAGGUCGGGACGCCUUGUUCGAGGAACGGAAUGCGAUUUCGAAGCAAUUGGACGAGGUCUAUGGUAAGAAGAAGGCCUCGGCGUUCGCUUACAAGGAGGCCAACGACAAGUACUGUGAGUCCGACACCGCGCUCGGCAUCUUCACCUGUUCUAACCCCUGCCUGGUGCCAAUCGUUCCAAGACCAAAAAAUGCACGACGACCGCCAAAAACGCCAAGAACGUUUCCAAGCCGAGCGCAAAGCGAACGAAGACGCCAAACGCAACGAGAUCAACCUUCGCCUGCUCGAAGAAGCGCAAGCCCCGGCCUUUGAACGCGAGAUCGAGGAUUGUCGUAACCUCAUCGACUCGUUCAACAAACGGAUCGGGAACGUCUCUUCGAAUUGUACUUUGGCUACCUCGACGCCUUUGUACGAGCGUUCGGCGAUCGCCGGCGUCAAGGCUUUGGAAUUGAGGAAGGUCGAGGAGGGUCCUCCCGCGGGUGCGGUCGCGUUGAAGAAGAAGAGUGAUCAAGAGGAAGAGUCGUGGGGUGGUUUCGGAGGUAAAUCGAAGAAGAAGGGAGGCAACAACCUCAAAAAAUCAGCUGCGACGAACGGCGCCGCGACCGAAGAGGACAUCCCCUCCUCCUCCUCCUCGUCUUCGUCACAAGCCCUCAACCUCCCCUUCGGUACCCUCUCAGCUUUAUUGACCCUCGGUAUUCCAGCCCCUCUGACCCUCUCUGACGUACCAUCGACGAUCGAAGCCUUGGAAACGAAGAAAAAGUACCUCGUUGACAACCAAGAGCGCGUGACGAAAGAACGCGUCGCCGCGGUAGAGAAGAAGAUCAAAGCCGCCGAGGCCAAGUCUUCCUCCAACGGUGCCGCAACAGAAGAGAAGAAGAACGAUACCGAGCAGUCGACCGAGUCGUCGGAGAAGGUUGCGGAUGCGGUCGAGGAGGCGUAG